GUUCCAUUCACUGCUUAUUUGAGCAGAGACGCACACAGGACUCCAGCAGCUCAUAAGAUCUUCAGCACAAAGGAUAAGUCAUGCAUCUCCACCCUUUGUGUCUCUCUCUCCUCCUCCUCCUGGUUGCCGAGGCAACGGUGAUGUGCGUUGCUGUGACGACCGCCCUCCACGGCUUCCGUGGCUGCGCGGUGCGGGAGUUCACCUUCGUGGCCAAAAAGCCCGGCUGCAAGGGACUGCGCAUCAACACGGAGGCCUGCUGGGGGCGCUGCCACACCUGGGAGAAACCGCUGCCGGAUCCUCCCUACAUCCAGCGGCACCACCGUGUGUGCACGUACAGUCGCACCCGCCACAUGACCGCCCGGCUGCCGGGCUGCCAGCCCAACGUCUCCGCUCUCUACCACUACCCCAUGGCCCUGCACUGCCACUGUGCCAUCUGCUCCACACAGGACACCGAGUGUGAGACCUUCUGAGGGACAGAGCAUCUCUUACGCGACAUAACCUUUAACCUUUAACCUAUAACCGUCAGAAAGGCUAUGGACGUCUACUCGUUCUAACAACACUGUCCGCGAUAACUUUACACUUUUACUUAAACAAAUAA